GGCUGCUCUGAAAAGCCAUCUUUGCAUUGUUCCUCGUCCGCCUCCUUGCUCGCCGCAGCCGCCUCCGCCGCGCGCCUCCUCCGCCGCCGCGGACUCCGGCAGCUUUAUCGCCAGAGUCCCUGAACUCUCGCUUUCUUUUUAAUCCCCUGCAUCGGAUCACCGGCGUGCCCCACCAUGUCAGACGCAGCCGUAGACACCAGCUCCGAAAUCACCACCAAGGACUUAAAGGAGAAGAAGGAAGUUGUGGAAGAGGCAGAAAAUGGAAGAGACGCCCCUGCUAACGGGAAUGCUAAUAAGGAAAAUGGGGAGCAGGAGGCUGUCAAUGAGGUAGAUGAAGAAGAGGAAGAAGGUGGGGAGGAAGAGGAGGAGGAAGAAGAAGGUGAUGGUGAGGAAGAGGAUGGAGAUGAAGAUGAGGAAGCUGAGUCAGCUACGGGCAAGCGGGCAGCUGAAGAUGAUGAGGAUGACGAUGUCGAUACCAAGAAGCAGAAGACCGACGAGGAUGACUAGACAGCAAAAAAGGAAAAGUUAAACUAAAAAAAAAGGCCGCCGUGACCUA